GUCUACAGAGAUCUUGGCUACUCGGUAAAGUAGGUAAACCUUUCACAUGCCCGGGGGUGGAGGGGCCUGUCCUGAAGUCAAUUUCAGGGUUGUUUCGUCGAUGCGAGUUCUUAUAAGAAGGGUCGUCUAUGUAAAAUAUUCCAAGGUAGUUUCUACAUCCCUCACUACAGUCGUGUAGGAUAAUGAGAGAUAGCCUCUUCUCCCUUUAAAGAUUCCUAAACUGGUUCGGUUCACAGAUUCUUCGCGAUACUUGUCAAAAUGCGAUACGGAUUACUGCUUUCCUCCCUUCUAGGGCUCAAUGGGGUCCUAGCGGCUGGCAAGGUCCCCGUUGGUAUGGAGGACGCCUUGACAACAGCAAAUAUGCCUGCUGAGUUCCUCGAGGAUGUAUAUUUCGUCAAUCAUGUCCCCCUAAUGGCUCUACAGGCCGACCCGCGUAUCUCUUACGCCCUAUACAUCCCCAAAGACCAUUAUAACCCGGACCCGAGCAAAAGCGCCACUCCCAAGAAACUCCCCUUGCUUGUUUACGUCCACGGGACCGGUCGGAGCACAGUUGCUAUCUACGAUGAGCUUGUACCCUUUGCCGAUUCGACUCCCUGUGCCAUCCUUGCUCCUCUUUUCCCCGCCGGCAUGGACGGCCCUAACGACCUCGAUUCGUAUAAGGAGCUUAAAUCGGAUACACUCCGUUCGGACCAAGCUCUAUUGCAGGUUCUCGACCAAGUUGCCUACCGCUGGCCUGGCCUCAAGAUGGAAAAGGUGUUUAUGAUGGCAUUCUCUGGUGGUGGCCAAUUUGCCCACCGUUUCAUGUAUCUUUACCCGGAAAAGCUCGCCGCAAUCAGUAUUGGUGCCCCUGGACGUCCUACAUUCAUCGACGAUACCCAGAACUGGCCCGUUGGAACCAAGGACGUGAAGACCGUAUUUGACAAGACUAUCCAACCGGCCGUCAUCGGAAAGCUCCCUAUUCAGCUUGUCGUUGGCGGCAAUGACACUGUGAUCCACGGAGACGAGGCUUUCUGGGAGUGGGAGAAGGAGACUUUCGGUGGCGGAGGACUUCCUCCUAUGAACAAGACCCGUCUCGAAUCGAUCAAGGAGCUCCGCGCGUCUUGGGAGGAGCUGGGUAUUGAGACUCAAUUCGAUGUUGUCGACGGUGUGGCCCACAAUGAGAAGGGUGUCCGAUCGGCUGUCUUGGGAUUCCUCGGCCCUCAGAUCAAGAAAAGCUAUUAGGGUGUUGCGGAACGACUAAUGACAACUAAGUUGAGUUAUUCUAACAGCAUAAGGAGGACAUGAGGGGGGGUUUUGAAGGGGAUACGAGAAGGAAACAGAGGAUAUAGAUUUUAUAAAAGGGGCGGUUACACUGAAAUAUUCGCUGGAGUCAUGGUUCUAAAUUAAUCACAUAGCCUAGCUCUAAACACUCGUAGCGCUUGAUAUUCGUCCUGUAC